AUGGCAAGGGCCGGUUCUCGUUACCGACUGCCGGGGGAACGUCUAUACAAUUCAAGCUGGUCGGGGAUCGAAAAGAGUAAAUGGGACGCAGCUUCGCAAGUGACACGAUACACCCGAAAAGUGGCCAGUAGACCCGCUGCCGAAGCCGACCUGACGGAGUAUGUGAACGAUGCUCCAGUUGAAUUUGAGAUGAGAUAUAAGAUCCCAGUUGAAUCGUUGAGUCCAGCUGCACUGGCUAUACCAGAGCGACACGCGUCCUACUUCCAUGUGGCCAAACACGCAAAACAACCUUAUGACCCAUUUUUUCCAAAAACGUUACAUCCGGCACAGUUUAUUGAGAGUUCAGAAAACCUAACGCAAAACUACUUCAAAAUUUUACACAUUGACGAGCCGGAACAUCAAGUUUUGUUGCAAGCUGUGUAA